CCAUGCAAAGGGGCAGUUAAGAGUGUGUCUGUGUUAGUCUGUGCUGGAAAUGCUGACAACUCCGUGCGAUUUAACGAUUCUAGUAUAAUGAAUGGCAUCGUACCAUUGCGGGCACCGGGUAUUGAUUCUGUCCAGUGUGGGACCGCCUUGGACAUCCACCUUGGUUGCUUCUCCAGUUCUCAGAGCGGAAGGGGAGCUUCCGAUCGUGGCGUGCGUGGACUUAGCAAUCGUUGUCCACUCUUCGUCUCGCAGACUUCUACACUGCGAGCGAGGGAGGGGGACAGUGCUUCGAAUACUGUGCUCCAGCUGUCGGGGAGCACGAGAGCCUGUGGAGGUUUCGAUUACGUACCUAGAAUUGUAUCGUAGUUCAAGUCUCGAUGGUAAUGCUGCCCUGGUGAGUGUCGUCUUGUGAGGUGUGGAUCGCUUUGACACAGGCUCCACUCUGAGCUCGAUUACCAGCACUCUCCAAGCGCGGUGUUGGAGUCCUGGAGCUUCUUUUGGAUCGGGUUUCGUGUUGGCGUGUAAGCCGGGUUUAGUGCGACUGGCACCGUGGAGUUUGAUUUCUGCAGAUUGAGGUUGCAUUUGAGGUAGCGAGGUUGUAUCUACGUCUGUUCUUCGAGAGCUCAUUGUUCUGGGUAAAAUAUUGUUGGAUUUUAGCCCUUGAUUUGAGGUCGAAUAAUUUAAAACUAGGUUGAAUGUAAGCAUGAGUGGUGGCCUUUUCUAGAGAUUUUCUUCUUCUUUUUCUGUUUUGGUCUUAGUGUUGUACAAGGACUUAAGAAUUAGGCGUGUUAGAAUUCGAGAAUCUGAUUGCGAUCUAUUUCUUUAAAUCCGGGAUCAAUCUUUUAAUGAUUCAAUUGCGAAUAUUAGUCGUGCAUCCCUGGUUUUGAAUUAGACAAAGAGAUCUCAGGUUUCUGGAAUUUUAAUGCACACACUGGAUAGAACAAUUUUAUAUUCUUUGAGUUUAUAAACAGUGGGCGACAAUUUAUAAAUUGUAUGUUCUGUUUGAGACUAGGAACGGUAACUGGCUUGUUUCUAGUUAUUGAUUAUCGUACAUAAAACUUCUGUCUUAUUUUCGCAAACCUUGAUAGUCUUGGAAAGCUGGCUUUGGUUGAUUGCAACUUCUUCUGCUAUUGCAGAACGUUUUACUAGUGCUGGCAAUUGGAACAGACGGGUUUCGGAACCGAUCUCCUUAAAUAUUUAGUCCUAUCAGGAUUUGGUUACAUUAAUGUCAUUGAUGUGCUCACAAUCGACGUGUUCAACUUCAGUCGUCAAUCUCAUCUUAGGUAAUUGACAUCUGAUGCUCUUGCUGAUGUGAUUAUGAUGAACAACAUGGAAAAUUCGGGGGUGGGAUCCGGUCCGGAUCACCAUAAUUCUGAAGCGGUUCCAACCAACAGGUUUGGGACAAGGGAAAAGCCGUCUUCGUUACUGGAAGAGCCGAUUCUAGAAGAUCUAUCUUCGUUUCGCGAUGAAUCGGGUUCGCAAGUGCCACCGUCUACUUCAGAAAAGCUGCUUUCAAUUGCUGGAGAAAUGAUUCCAGAAGAAUCACCGUCUAUUUUGGAAGAGCCGUCUUCAACUGCUGAAGAACCGAAUUCAGUGGAGCUGCCUUCGAUUACAGAACUGCCGCGGAGGAGCCCAGAAAAGGAAAAUUCGGUUUUAGGAAUGCAUACGAUGGCAGAAAUAGUACUCAAUCAGGUUGAUGAGCUCAAUGGAGGUUUAGCAUCUUUCAGGUCUCUUGAUUUGGGACCAACCGAGCCAGGAGUUGUCGUCGGCAUUAGGCCAGCACAUUCUGUCGAUAGCUCACAUACUUUCUCAGCCCCGAAACACAAUUUGCCAUCGCUGAAGGAAUUUACAAGUAUGCUGAAAGUCUCUCCUGAGCUCAUGAGUCUCGUUGAUUCUGCGAUCCGGGGGUCGGAUAGAGCGUCUUUAGUGAAGUUGAAAAGGGUGAUUGGAGGAGAGGAGGUUUUUGGUACUAGAGACGGUGAUGGUGAUGCAAAGCUUGCAAGGUAUGUGGUUGACACAUUGAUCGCAAAGAUGGGGGGUGCUGACGGCUUGGACAAAGCAGGUGGAGUCUCUACACCCAGGAUGAUGCUCAGCGCAGGUGCAGCUGUAGUGGCUGGUGAACUUCUUCCGUGGAUUCCAUGUGAAGACGACGACAAAACUAUCGUGUCACCUAGAACCAGGAUGGCAAAAGCAUUAUCAUUGAUUUUACAAGCCUGCACCAGAAAUCGAGCAAUGUGUUCCGCAGCUGGACUUUUACGAGUUCUCCUUGUAGCAUACCAGCGAAUCGUUAUGGGAACAGUGGGACGCCGAAAAGGUUCAGAGAGCUGGGAUACAGGGUCCCUUUUAGACGCGAUUGAAGCUCUUGGAUCUCACUGUCUUUCUGUGAAACAUCUCCGAGAAUGGCUCAAUGCUGCUGGUAAUAUAUCUUCAACUGGAAAGUCUACAUCUUUAGAUCUCUUGCACACUCUAGAGAGGACAAUGUCUGGAGAAGAAACCCGCGGACCUGCUCAUAGCUUCGAGUUUGAUGGUGAAAGCUCAGGACUACUUAGUCCUGGGGAGAGCAAGUGGCCAUUUUUGAAUGGUUAUGCAUUUGCAACAUGGCUGUACAUUGAGUCAUUCGCCGAUACAGUAGACACUGCUGCUGCCGCUGCUGCUAUUGCAUCAGCUGCAGCUGCCAAGUCUGGAAAUUCUUCCGCUAUGUCAGCUGCCUCUGCGGUUAGCGCUCUUGCUAGUGAAGGGACAGCUCACAUGCCAAGGUUCUUCAGUUUUCUUUCUGUGGACAAUCUCGGAGUAGAAGCAUAUUUCCAUGGUCAAUUUUUAGUUGUAGAGAGCAUUCAUGGAAAAGGUAAGAAGGCUUCGCUAUAUUUCACACAUGCGUUUAAGCCCAAACGUUGGUAUUUUGUGGGUCUAGAGCACAUGCACAAGAAGAGUUUACUUGGUAAAGCAGAAGAUGAGAUGAGACUCUAUGUUGAUGGACCUCUGUACGAGUCUCGUCCUUUGGUAUUCCCGCGCAUUUCUAGGGGUCUAAGUUUCUGCUGCAUUGGCACAAAUCCGUCCCGUGUCAUAGUUGGGUUGCAGAAACGUCGUCGGCAGUGCCCACUAUUUGCAGAGAUGGGGCCAGUUUAUAUUUUCAAGGAGCCACUAGGUCAAAAGAAGAUGUUACAGUUGGCCUUAAGAGGAGGCGAUGCCUUGCCUACAUUUGGAGCAGGGGCUGGAGCUCGUUGGCUUGCAAACAACGAACAGUCACCUACCACUGCUGAGGAAAGUGCAGCUCUUGAUUUGGAGUUAGGUCCCAGGCUCCAUCUUCUUUAUCAUCCAAAGCUAUUGAAUGGCCGAUCUUGUCCGGAUGCAUCUCCCGCGGGGGCAUCAGGUGCAUGUAAGAAACCUGCAGAAGUCCUGGGACAUAUCUAUAUUGCUGCAAGGGUUAGGCCUACGGAGUCUGUCUGGGCUGUUGGAGAGGGAGGCCCGAUGGCCUUGUUACCGUUGGCUGUAGGAGCAGUUGACAAGGAUUCAAUGCAGCCUGUUAUCAAAGGAGAAGUGUCGUCUUCGUCUGCAUUGCUGGCAGCCCCAAUUUUAAGGAUAUUAGCUUUGGGACUUAAGUACACUGGAAGUGCGGAAGAGUUUGCAAGGAUUCAUGCAGAUCGUUUGUUGGCGAAUCUGUUGGGUUACCUUGUCCGCGUACCUGCUUUUGUAGGCCUUGAGAAGAAAGUGGAUGAGCAAGCAAAGACAGAAGAAAGAGACGAGGAGCUUGUGGCAGCUGUCGUUUCUCUUUCCCAAGCACCUCAAUGUCACAUUUCUCUUAAAGUCCAGUUGUUCAGAAGUCUACUACUUGAUCUUAAAUUAUGGGGCUCAUGUUCUUAUGGGUUGCAGAAGAAGCUUCUAUCAACGCUUUCUGACAUGGUCUACUCUGAAGCAGCUACCAUGAGGGGUGCAAAUGCUGUUCAGAUGCUAUUGGACGGUUGCCGCUGUUGUUACUGGUUGAAUCCGGAACCGAACUCUUUGUUUACAUUUUCUGUUGAGAAAUCAUCUCGGCAUGCUGGAGAACUGAAUGCUCUAGUGGAUGAGCUGCUGGUGGUAGUAGAGCUAUUAGUUGGAUCCGCUCAAGGCAGGGCAUUAAGUGAUGAUGUGUGCUCCCUGGUUCAGUUUGUGCUCGACUGCCCUCAACCCAAUCAGGUCGCUCGAGUUUUGCAUCUUAUGUAUAGAUUGGUGGUUCAACCCAACUCCACGAAAGCAGCCACUUUCGCUGAUACUUUCCUUGCGAAUGGGGGUGUUGAGAUGCUUUUUACUCUCUUACGAAGGGAGGCAGAGUCAGGAGAAGGAUUGAGUAAUAGGUCCACAAAAGAUGCAGAUCCAGAAAUGAAAGGUCCUUGUGACGAUGAGCAAAUCACAAAUGAUCAGGACAUUGUUGAAGUUCCUAGUGAUGUCAACGCUGACUACGAGGUGAUGAAUUCAACCAGGAAGAUGCAAGAGAUCAGCAUUUUCCCUAGUCCAGAGUCUGCUGGAACGUUUGACGGAACUAUAGGUAUCAGCGAGAAUGACCUUCGGUUGUCUCUCUCGACAAAGACGGUUGGGUCUGUUGCACGAAGUCGCUCCGCUGCUCAUAAGACAUCCACUGUUGGAACAUUAGGUGGCAUUAGUUCAUCGAUAAUUGCCGACAGUGUACGCAAUAAAUUCCGAAAUAUGGACUUUUCUGAUGGUAUCAUGGUUGGUAUUGUAACUCUUCUUGGUUCUCUGGUUUCUGGAGGCCACUUGAAGGUUAUGAGAUUCGGAAUGGAAAUUUCUCAGCCACCCCCCUCGUCCGCUGGUCCUGGGGUAAGCUCCUCGGGUGAAGGUACCACUGGAGUAGCUGCAGCAGCUGUCGUAUGGCUUCUGUUUGCCUUGGAAAAGGCAUUUCAAUCUGCACCAAGAAAGCUUUUGACUGUCAAUGUUUAUGCUGCACUCUUGCCUGCUGUAAUAAGAUCUGAGAAAGGACUCUUAUUAGCAGACGACCGUCUUGCCUUUUAUGAUGCUGGACAUCAAUUUGAGAAUAUCCCCUUACUGCUAGUACUUUUGCGCUCACUUCCUUUGGCUCCCGUUCAAUUGCAGCUUCGUGUACUCCAGGACAUGCUGUUAUUAGCAUGCACUCAUCCUGAGAACCGGAAAUUGCUGACAACAAUGCCUGAGUGGCCAGAGUGGCUUCUUGAGAUACUGUUAUCUAAUUAUGAGGCAACUGGAAUGGGUUCCAGCGAGGGAAAUGAUAAAUCCGAAGAGACAGAGGAUCUUGUUUACAGUUUUCUCACUAUCAUGUUGGAGCACUCAUUGCGCCUGAAGGAUGGUUGGAAAGACGUGGAAGCAACUAUUCAUUGUGCAGAGUGGCUAACGUUGAGCGGAGAACUAAGCACCGGGGAAAGGCGCCUUAAAAGGGAGGUGUAUCUUCCAGUCAUAAAACGCAAAAUCUUCUGCAGUUUGCUCUCUUUCGCCUCUAACGAAUUGCAACUGCAAACUCAAGUUGUGGCAGCUGCUGCCGCUGGCGUGGCGGCAGGAGGUUUAUCUCCUCGCACAGCAAAGGCUGAAACUGAGACUGUUGCCUCUUUAUCCGUGUCCCUGUCUGAGAACGCUCUUGUACUUUUGAUGUUGGUCGAGGAUCACUUGCGCCUGGAAGCACAAGCUUAUCAGAAGACUCUUUUGACCAAGUCUGAAGCACCUGAGCGGUCCACUUAUACAAUUUCUCGCGGUAGUCUCGGUGGUAGCAUGGAGAGCUUCGGAUCGCGAAGUUUUGCUCUCAGUUCUGAUUCACUUGAGCCAUCCUUAGAGAAAUCUCCGUCCCGAAGAUCAUCCAACUCUGAAAUGGACAAUAUGUCCCUUGAGGCUUUGGCUACAACGUCGGAUGGAAACGGGAAAAUUUCAGCUACAGCUGUGGAGCGGUUGACAGCAUCUGUAGCAGCUGAGCCGUAUGAAUCGGUCCGUUGUGCAUUUGCAUGCUAUGGAAGCUAUGGGCUUGAGUUAGCUCAGGGUUGGAAGCGCCGAAGUCGCAUGUGGUACGGUGUUGGUCUACCUCCAAGAAAUUGUCUUCUGGGUGGAGGAGGAGGAGGUUUUAAGGCGUGGUCAUCUGGGUUGGAGAAAGAUGACGAUGGGCAAUGGAUUGAACUUCCGUUGGUGAAGAAAGCCAUAACCAUGCUGAAAGCUCUGUUGCUUGAUCAAUACAGUCCUGGAACUGGAGUUGGAGGCAUUUUCGUACCUGGCACUGCAGGCUCUGGAUCUUGGGGCUUGCAGCUUCCGCAACUAUUGGACAGUGAUCAACCCUUUUUUGCCAUGCUUCGGAUCACUCUACUAGCAUUGAGAGAGGAAGAUCAGGGAGAACCCAUUUUUGAAGGAGGUUCGACAGAACAUGAUAAGAAUAUUGAAACUGUGCUUCCCAGCAUGCGUAGGAGGUCUAAAACAUCAAGUGGACAAUGGAAUUUCGGAUCCGACUAUUUCCAGGAGAUCGCCACGUCAAAUGCGAGAGGUUCACUAUUGUGGUGCGUGCUCGCACCACUCCUGACAAGGCAACUUUUCGAGUCACGGAGGCAACGAGUUUUGGUUGCUUGCUGCAUCUUGUACUCUGAGAUGUGGCAUUCGGUGAGUGAGGACAGGGAUGUGCUACGUCAGGGAUAUAUGGAGACUAUUAUACCUCCUUUUGCUGCUUUGCUGAGACGCUGGCGGCCUCUGCUGUCAGGCAUUCAUGAACUGACGGAUGCGCAGGGCCAAAGUCCUCUUGCUGUGGAAUAUCAUCAUCUUGCCUCUGAUAUGCAUCCUCUGGAGGCAGGUUUGGCCAUGAUCUCCCCAGGUUGGGCUGCUGCGUUUGCCUCACCACCUGCUGCAAUGGCCCUGGCAAUGGCAGCUGCUGGGGUAGGUGGUGGUGAAGGAUCCCAUAGAAGACGCAAUUCAGAGUCAGAUCGUUCAUCUCCAAAGUUAUUGAGUUUUCCAACUUUCAGUAAAGCACCAGAUCGUGUUGAGGUGCCCCAAACACCAGUAGAUAUCGCAGCGAGUAAAGCUGCUGCCCUAGCGGCUGCAAGAGAUCAAGACCGUGCUGCUAGAGUUGGCUCAGGUCGUGGCUUAGGUGCUGUAGCUAUGGCUACAGCUGGGCAGCGAAGAAGCCUUACUGAUAAAGAGAGAGCUGAACGCCGGAACAUAUGGGAGACUAUGGGCAGUAUGUGGUUGGAUUGUGACAGUGUGGGGAAUUCGGCUGCAAAUAAUGCAAGUGGACAUCCCCAUCGAAUGUUUGGGAUGAUUUCAAGUAUGUCGGAAAAAGCUCAUAAAAUGCGGUCAGCAGAGGAGGAUAGACGUGCAACGAUAGCUGCUACAGAUGAAUUCGACUCAACAUUGGGCGAUCGGGCUUGGAGAUCUCUUUUACGGAGGCUGCAGGAGAUUGACGCUCUCAUUGGAACGUUUUGUAAUCAAUUAGGACCAAGUCGACGUAUCCUUUGGAAAUUGGACUCCACAGAAAACUCCCUUCGCAUGCGGCUGCGCUUGAAACAAAGCUACAAAGGCACAGAUCAUCAUGGAGCAGCAGUUGAUCAUCAGGAAUCUGGAAAGUCAUUCCUACCCCAAUCUUUAGGAAGUACUCCAUUCCCUGGAGGAGGUCCCAAAAUUGCACCGGAAAAGGAUGCGCUUGAAGAAUCCAAUGAAGAGGACUUAAGAGAGAAGAAACAAGACCUAGAGGAGAGGAGUGGGGAGAUGGACAAGGAUCCUGCUUCUGAAACUGUGGUAGAAGACUCAAUGUCUGAUGUAUCAGUCCCUUCACAGGUCACAAAUGCUACUACUGUUUCAGAAGUUGCAGCGGCUAUGUCCACAGAAUACAAGGAGAAGUUGAUUCUUGAGAUCCCUGCUGCGAUGGUUCUUCCUUUAAAGGUUCUGAGAGGAAGAUUUCAGGUCACAACAAAGAGAGUCUGCUUUAUGAUUGAUGAUCGUGUCUACAUCAACAAAUCUGGUGUUCCAAGUGUGCUUGAAGAAGAGGAUGAUUGGGAAAUGGUAGACGGUGGAGCAGAAGAACAUCAUGAUGGAAGGGACCAACAACGUAAAGAUGGUGCAAAAGACAGAUUGUGGCCUCUUUCACUACUACGAGAAGUGCAUAGCCGCAGGUUUUCCUUAAAGAGAAGUGCGUUAGAGCUCUUCAUGGUGGAUAGAUCUAACUUCUUCUUCAACUUUGGGACAAUGGAUGCUAGACAGAGAGUUUACAAAGCAAUUGUACAAGCAAAACCCCCUUAUCUCGAUAUAGUAUAUGCAAGGACACAGGGACCACAGCAGCUAUUGAACAGAACCAAUCUAACUGAGCGUUGGGCUCGUCGGGAGAUCACAAAUUUUGAGUAUUUGAUGCAGCUCAAUACAUUAGCGGGCAGAACUUAUAAUGAUAUCACACAGUAUCCUGUGUUUCCGUGGGUUCUUGCUGAUUAUACCUCGGAGGAAUUGAACUUAGACGAUCCAAACUUAUAUAGGGAUCUUUCAAAGCCUGUUGGUGCUUUAAAUCCUGCACGAUUGGAGAAGUUUCUAGAAAGAUAUGACAACUUUGACGACCCUGUCAUUCCGAAGUUUCAUUAUCAUUCUCAUUAUUCAAGUGCUGGCACGGUUCUCUAUUAUCUUGUUCGCGUUGAACCUUAUACAUCAUUAGCAAUUCAGUUCCAAGGAGGAAAAUUUGAUCAUGCAGAUCGUAUGUUUUCUGAUAUUGGCUCGACUUGGAACGGUGUUUUGGAGGAUAUGAGUGAUGUCAAAGAAUUGAUCCCAGAGCUAUUCUACUUGCCCGAGGCUCUAAAGAAUGGAAACUGCAUAGAUUUGGGGCGAACUCAAAAAGGUGAUAAGCUAGGGGACGUAAAGCUUCCACCAUGGGCCUCAAGCCCAGAGGACUUUAUAUAUAAGCAUCGCUCUGCUCUGGAGAGUGAAUAUGUGUCAGAGCAUCUGAAUGAGUGGAUUGACCUCAUUUUCGGGUGCAAGCAGAGAGGGCAAGCGGCCAUAUCUGCAAAUAAUGUGUUCUUCUACAUGGCAUAUGAAGGCGCUGUGGAUAUAGAUAAAUUUACAGAUCCGAUACUACGAAAGGCCACACAUGAACAAAGCGCGUACUUUGGACAAACCCCGUCCCAACUGUUAACUAUCCCUCAUGUGAAGCGAAUGCCACUAGCAGAUGUCCUACAUUUGCAGACUAUUUUCCGUAACCCAAACUCAUCUAAGGCUUACGCGAUUCCUAGUCCUGACCGAUUAAAUCUACCUGCCAAAGAGCUACGGACCACGCAUGACUCAAUAAUUACUGUUGACAUGGAAGCCCCUGCCUGUCAUGUAGCUGUGCAGAAGUGGCAGCCUAAUACACCAGAUGGUAGAGGCAUGCCAUUUUUGUUUCACCAUGGGCGUUCAAAAAUAGAACCAAGUAGUGGCUUGAUGCGAAUGUUUUCGCGGCCAACAGAUGAUGAGGAGAAUCGUUUUCCAAGAGCAGUUGCUCUUCCUCCUGCGGGUGUGAAGCUAGGUUCUAUUGUUGCAAUUACUCCAGAUGGGCAUUUCUUAUUAACAGGUGGACAUGCGGACAAUUCUGUGAAGUUAGUGGCGACAGAUACUGCCCACGCAGUUGGAAGUACGUCAAGCCAUUGUGCUCCUGUUACAUGCUUAGCUCUUUCUUCUGAUGGAAGUAUUCUAGUAACAGGGUCACAAGAUUCUACAGCUUUACUAUGGCGAUUUCACGGAAGCUCGGCUACAUCCACUGGUGCAGGGUCGACUGGUAUGUCAGAUCCUUCACUAGUAGCUGCAGCUGCAGGUGCAUCAAAUCUUGAAGAAGGGAAUAUAACUGCAGAAUCGAGGAGACCGAGUUUGGAAGGACCUCUGCAUGUGUUAAGAGGUCAUGUAGAUGAGCUGGUCUCAUGCUGUGUUAAUGCAGAUCUUGAUUUGGUAGUCACAUUCUCUUCAUCGAAAGGGGUGCUUCUCCACUCGAUUACCAAGGGAAGAUUUUUGCGACGGCUUAGUGUUGAUAGGGCUGAUCUCGUUGCAUUGUCUCCAGAAGGUAUCAUAGUUGUUUUUGAUAAAGCUACUAGAGUGCUUCAGAGCUUUACGGUGAAUGGCACAUUAAUGACAGCCAAGCUGUUGCCUUCUUGGGAAGGCAAUAUUUCAUCUAUUGUUAUCUCCAAAGAUGGUUUACAUGCUGUAGUAGGCACAAGCUGCUUACUUCCGGAUGGCAGCAGGCCGCCACCUCGCCAAACCGCGGUAGAUUCUAAAUCGGAACGCUACGGUGGUCAGCACUCCCCUAAGUGGUCUAUGGUCGGUGCAUGUCCUUCUUGUGGGGGAAAGUCAAAAAUGCACUCCGUCAACUGUAAGCUCUCAAGGGGUAACCAGCAACCGCUCUUUCAGGGUAAUCAACAUCCGGGUUUUGAUGCUCUCCCUCGGAGUCCUUCAGGCUAUCCGCGGUCUGAUUCAACUAUAGUUAUGCGAAGAUCUGAAUCUGGUUUGAUAAGAUAUUCUUCUAGCAACGUGCGCCGAUCCAACGAGGCAGGAGGGUUGGGAAGUGGGGAUGGGGGGAUAUCUACAGAAUUCCAACAGAAACAGCAGAUUGAACCUCAACCAGCUAUUAUCCUCCUCGAGCUUCGUACGCUAGAGGUCAUUCAAAAGUUUAUGCUUAGGAGGGGACAAGACAUUACAGCUAUGGCUUUGAACAACGAUGACACCAACCUCGUGGUGUCUACUGCGAAGAAGCACCUGAUUGUUUUCACAGACCCUUCACUGAGCAUGAAAGUUGCUAAUCAGAUGCUGCGAAUGGGUUCGGAGGGUGGAGGACUUGCAGGUUACAUUUAAAAGUCUUCAAGUUUUUCCCCUUUUUUGUAGUUUAUUUACUUUUUAGGAAACUUUAAUCAUUUUCAAAAUGGUUCAUAUAAUUUUCCAGUCAAUUAUGGAUUGGGCACUGUUCCCACAUUGAAACUUAUUCCAGUGUGACGGUUCGGCUGAUUAGUCGAUUUCGUUGUGCUUAGGAACUGAAUACUUAAUCACUAGCCACGAUGGUCUCAUCGACUUAUAUUUAUGUGACCUGGUCUUAAUGAUCAGACAAGUAGCAGUAGGUUUGUUUAUAGACUUGCGCUCGUUGUACUCCCCAUAGCUACUACCAUUGAUUUGGUUUUGAUAUUGUUUGCGUCUUUACGUAGUUAGUUGAAGAUUUCAGUUCUACGAACUCCCAAGCGUUACUUAGAACAACCUUACAGUGAUAUGGAUCAUACGUUUGAGAUGUGUAGUAAAGCGUGAAUCUGUGCUCAUCACA